AUGGAGCCGGGGACCGAGGACUGCGGGGAGGCUUCCCGCUUGGUGGCCUCCUCCUCCUGGGAGGCCCCUCGGCGGGGCUUGGCCCAGAGCCUGCGCCUGGCUUUGGCUGGCCUCGGAGGCCCUGACGGCGGCGGCGGCGGCGAUGGCUAUGGCUGGGAACAGGAGGUGCUGGGGUCACCGGCGCCGGGUGAGGAUCUUGUGCUUCUGAAGAGGAAAGUGGACAAUGAAGAUGAAAGUUCCUGCUUCCUGUACCUGAAAUGUAAUCCUCACAGAUGUGAAGAAAUAGUUUCACUUGGGAUUUUAAGUCAAGCCAGGAAUAUGGAAGUGUAUGCCAGAGAGGAAUACUGUGGAACCGGUAGAGGAGAGAGUGUUUGUACUGUCCAGCAUAACGGUGAAAACGAGAUUACUUUGUAUAAGAAAUACCUAAAAUUAGAAUGCCCCUCAGACUGUUGUAAAAUUAAGCUGCUCUCUUUUGGUGAUAAACAAAGUAUAUUUGUGAGUAAAAUUGUAGUCCAAGUAAGGGCAGUUUCUGCAAAUUCUUCAACAAGCUUUCCUGCUGUAGGAUCAAGGAUAGAUCUAGACAGAGUUCAAACUAUGAUGGAAUCCAUGGGGUCAAAAUUAUCACCUGGUGCUCAACAACUCAUGAACAUGGUUCGAUUUCAACAACGGAAUUGUAUUCCUUUAGAAGAGCAACUUCAGUGUCUCUUGGGAAAGAAAGAACCAGCUGUUUUUGGAGAUGAACGUAUGCUUGAUGGGUUGCACAAGUCAUCCACUACACCCUUUCAUUUUAAGUCUGGAUUGACAUCUGGAGCAAUCAAUGAAGACAUAAAAGCUUACAUUGACAAAAACACAGAACUCCCUGCUAGAGGAAAUAUUCCAGAUCUCGAAGAAUAUAAAAGUACACAACAAAACAGCAUUCUUCCUGAAAAUGAUCUUAAAUUUGUAGUAUCCUCUUGGUUGCAAAAGAAAGCAAAUGAUAACUCAAAUAUACCUAGUUCUGAGCUGCUUCCUUUUCUUCAAAACUUGUGUAGUCAAGUGAACCAUCUCCGUGUAGGAGACAAGAAUAAGCCUCAGGGAAACAGUACAAAGCCAAAUGAAGGGAUUGUAAGCAUUGGAGUAGAACAGCAGCCUGUAUGUUCCUACUUGGAAAAGAUAAUUUCUAAAAAUAUGGAACUAAUGGAGAAGAAACUUAUGGACUACAUUGACCAGCGUAUGUACAAACUCCAAGAGCACAUAGAUAAUAAAGUUGUUCUGUUAAUGAACUUGCUGCAAAAUUCCAAUUCCACAUCUACCCGGGUGACACAAGAACAUUAUGAUUCUGGAGAAAGACUCUCAAAUGGCGAGCGAUAACUACUUAAUAUUGUUUUGAGCAACAGAUGCCUGCUAGAUAUAUGCACAUAAAACCAAACCUCCAAAAGAUUUGGAGGGAAAUUAUUCAGUUUGAUAUCCUUCCAAGGGUUAUUAUCUGGUUAACAUAAAACAACCUCAGUGUUCAUUUUUUUAAUGUACUUGUUACUGUAAUUCUCAGUAUUGUACACUAAAAGUUAACCUGUUAGUGUCAUAAGAUGUUUUUUACUAGCAAUAUUUUUCACUUACAAGACCUUUCUUCUGUGGCUUUAUUAUUUAAAAAGAAGCUGUUUUAAAAGAGCCACUUUAAAAUUCUAAUUCAGCUUAACAAAAUUUACUGUGACCUCUAUACACCCUUUAAAGAGAGGAACAUUUUUCUAUAUCUAUAAAUGAAAACCUUAAUUGUUUUGUAAUUUAUAAAGUUAUGAAAAACUGCUUUUAAAAAGAUUUGAUUGAUGUGUUGGUUUGGUUUUAUUUCUAAUUGAACAUUAUUGGAAAAUUGAAUAUUCUCAGACAUAGAGACUUGAAUGUUUAGAUCACCCUCCUAAACCUAGCAUGUAUGGGUUACUUGAGAUAGAAAACUCUAUCUGGUGUUUGGCAUUUGUAAAUUAAUUAGCCACGGGGUCAUUAAUUAACCUUCAGUCUAUGUCGGAUGGAAUAGGGCAGUAGAAAUUGGCAUUGGCAUCCCCAUUAAUAGGAUUAUUUUUAGCUCUGGUCAUCCUUAAGUAAGUCCAAUGUCCGUGAUGUUAAUUUGUGCUUGCUAAUUCUAACCCUUUUCCUGAUUGGUAAAGUGAGAGUCUUUGUAUGUGCAGGGUCAGGUUCCUCCUUCCACAGUUAUUUGCUGAAGUGGCUAAAUAUGAAAUAAUGAUACUUUGUAAGAUUAUCAGGGUUUAAGUCAAUGGAGUCAGGGCAUUGGAGGUCUCUUUGGGACACACAGUUUCUAGAAUUUACUAGUAGUACAUAUGUUUAAGAAAAUAUAUUCAUUUCUAAAAACAACAAAUCUGUUCAUUCUGAAAACCACUUAUUUUAGAUGAAUGGGAAUCCACUAUUCCACAUAUUUGAAUGGUAGAUAAUAUUUUUGCUUAAGGUAAUUUGACUCAUUUUUUAGUGAGAUGUGAUAUUUCUUCUUAGUUAAUAUUUUUGUUGAGUUGGUUCCUUAUGAAAGGGCUAAGUGAUCCAAAGUCCUAUAGGAUACUUACUAUAGAGUGUUCAUCUACAGUUUAAACACAAAAACCCAAACAAUAAAAAACCUUUUUCCAACAUGUAAUUGUGAAUUAGAUUUUGAAAUUAAAAAUGAUGUGGGGAGAUAUGGUAGAGAGACUUCUUAAAAACCCUUAGUCUAAUUUUGUACUUAAAACUAUUUGGAGAAGUGAAUCUGUUUUCAUUAGAAUGUGUAAAAAACAAAAUUGAGAGGGUAGCCAGCUCUCUUUUGUCCUUUUUGUGUGCAAAAUACCUUACCAAAAAUUGUGUUCAUGUUUUGGAUUGUAUUUAUUUUAAACAGCCUUGGCAUUAUUUAUUAUAAAAUAUAUACAUAUGUUUACCAGUAAUUUUGGUGAAUUGCACUCCUGUAGCCUUAAUGGGGACAUGGAUUUCUUUGUAAGGCCAUAUGGUAGGCUGUUCAGUUUAAGGUAUCUUAAAGGGGCUUCAUUAAAUGAAAUAUGCUUUAACCAAAA